AUGUAUUUCCUGUUCCUUCUGCUCAGUGCGCUCCUCAGCAGCGGUUGUGCUCAGUUAUACACACCCACGGGCAGCAAUGGCAAUGGCGACAUCACCCAGCCAGGCCCGUGUCCCGCUUACUUACCCCCCUUUCCCGGCUUCGAAUUCCCUCAUCUGAUGGUACCAAUUUCAUCCACCAACCCUAACACUGCCUUUCCCAACACUAACACCCCAUACGUCACGGCCGCGGACAUUGAAAUGAUCUUCAACUUUGACAUUCCUACGUCCCGCAAGGGCCAGACUUGCACCAUGGAAUUCCUGUUGCCGAACAAGACUGAAUUGAGCACAUCUUCGUUUGAGGUCGCAGGAGUUAUUGGGUCAUACGUUUUCUCUCUGUCGGUGCUAGGUGGAGGGGCAGUGGAGGGCAACACAACAUACAACAAUCAACCUCUUCAAGCCAAUCCGCACGGGUUCCCAAGGACCCUACACAUGGAGCCGGGACACGCAUAUGCAAUUGGCAGCACCAUAUGCGUGCCGGGCAAGAUCAGCAUCACAAUGAGCAGCCCUGACAGCAGUUUGACGUGGUUUCAAGACUGGAACCAAUGUGCAAUUGGGAUCUUCAUCACCUAUUCGCCAUGA